AUGAGCACCAGACAAACACGAGUCGGUAUUGGUUUUGAUGCACAUCGAUUUAUUCCACACCAAAAUAAUAAUAAAAAUACAAUCUCUCUAUGCGGUGUACAAGUAAAUUCAAUUUAUGCUGUUGAAGCCCAUUCUGAUGGCGAUGUUGCCCUACAUGCAUUAGUAGACGCUAUGCUUGGCUCGAUAGCUGCCGGUGAUAUUGGUCAACAUUUUCCACCUAGUGAUCCAAAAUGGAAAAAUGUUGAAUCAACAAUAUUUGUUUCUUAUGCACUUGAUCUAAUUAAACAAAAGAAUGGUGAAUUAAACAAUAUUGAUAUAGUAAUAAUUGCUGAAAAACCUUAUAUAUUACCGUAUCGAGCAUUGAUGCAACAGCGUCUCAGUGAACUAUUAAACUUAGAUUUAGAUCGUGUGAGUAUAAAAGCAACAACCACAGAAAAAAUGGGUUUCACAGGUCGUGAAGAAGGAAUUGCCGCUCAGGCUAUUAUAAGUGUUUUAAUUUAA